AGGCCCACCUCGAGGCGCUUAGUGAGAGCGGCCACUUGGGCCCCUUUUCUUAUUUGAGAGGAAAACAAGACAAACGCCGUCUUUGGGGGGUUUAUUCACGACAUAGCGGACGCAGAGCCCCUUCGCCUUUUCUGUCACGACACCGCCCGCCCCCCCCCCCCCCCCGAGUAAUCCGUUUAGCAAGAAAGACCAAAUCCUCGCACCUAAGGCCGAGAACGCCUCGGUGCGACGGACGGGGGCCGGCUGGCCUUGGAGUCGAGAAGACGUCCCGAGUUCAGUUCUCUCCUCCGUCACAUAGUAGCUGUGUGACCUUCACGUUCCAGGCCACGCUGGAAAGUUCUAAGUCCGGUAGGGCGAGGCAGGUAAGGUCAAUGAGCAGUUAACAGUGGAGUCGUGGGCCUGAGCAGCCCGGCGGCUCCUCCCACUCUAGUUCGGUCACAGCUCGGGGCCGAUCAAAGCAGUUACUGGCAAACCCCGGGCACCUGGCCAGACAGUCCCCCGAACGAGAGAGAGAGGGCGCGCGCGCCCCGAGACGCAGGGUCAGGGGAGCGGGACUCCCGUACCUGGUCAAUGCAGGUGGCCCAAGUGGAACGGCCUUGCUCUACCCCCACUCCAAGCUGGCUGCUUGCCAUCACCUACCCUACCUGAAGCCCCCUCGAGGGGCUCCUCCGGAAUCACCUUUGCCAAACGGGAGGGCCACGGGAAGGCAGGCUCGGAGCUCCCUCGGUGGGCACCUCUUGGACCUGGAGUGACCCGAGCUCGCUCACUCCCUACCACAUGUAGCUCUCCACUCAUUCUACCCCACAGGUCACCAAGAUUUUCCAGAAGAAAAAGAUCCUGGUGACCUACAGCUUCCGCCAGUCCUUUCCCCUGGUCGAGAUGCACCUACAGCUCUUCCAGAAUUCAUGUGAGUGCCCUGCGACCCCACGGCCCACGGCCAGGGGCCUUCCUGGUGGCAGGGGGGUGAGGAGGACGUGACCUGCCACCGGGCGCUCAAGGGCUCAUGAGCUGGGAAGGGAAGGCCUUGGGCAAAGGAGGAAGUUGGGGUGCCCAGGGGGGAACUGUCUAGAGCAGCGAUGGGCCAAAGGAAAGGCGACGCUCCUCUGGCAGUCUGUUUCUAAGGCAACGCUUUCGAGGUUUCAUCGUAUCGGCGUCAGAGUAGGAAUAACGCCGCCCUGCCGGAUAGAACAUUUGAGGGGGGCCACAGUUUGCCCACCACCGGUCUAGGCUUAAGGCCAGGCACUGGAUGCGCUGGAGACCGCUCCUCCGGCCUCCCUGCCCACCGGGGUUCGGGAGCCUGUCUGGAGGACACGGCCCGAGCAGCACGCGUAUACCUCUGUCCUAAGCCGUGGCCUCUGUGAGGGGAGAGCCCGAAUACCCUAAAACCCCACGCAGACUCGCCACCCGAGUCGGACGGCCCCGGCCUUGUUGCGGGGCGAGGGGAGCUAGCGGAGGGCCGGUUCUCGCCGGGGCUUCUUCCCUGGGUCGCGAGCAUUCAGAGAGGAGUGUGGAGGCUGGCUGGCUGGGCCCUGACGUUGCCCGCGUCCCUCCUUGUCCCUGGCACCUGACAGAUUACCAAUUUGGCAUCAAACUGCUGUCUGCCGUGCCGGGUGGGGAGCGAAAGGUUCUCAUCAUCUUCAACGCACCCAGCCUCCAAGACCGGCUGCGGUUCACAUCGGACCUCCGGGAAUCGAUAGCCGAAGUGCAAGAGAUGGAGAAGUACCGCGUGGAGUCGGAGCUCGAGAAGCAGAAGGGGGUGAUGCGCCCCAACACCUCCCAGCCCUCUGGAUCCAAGGACGCAGUCAACGGCACGCUGCCUCGGGCCAGCCUGGAGGACACGUACGGCCUUGGCGAUGGUCUGAAGCGGAGCGCCCUCAGCAGCUCCCUCCGCGACCUCUCGGAUGCAGGGAAGCGGGGGCGACGUAACAGCGUGGGAUCACUGGACAGCACCAUCGAAGGAUCUAUUAUUAGCAGCCCCCGCCCUCACCAGCGGAUGCCUCCACCCCUGCCUCCAGCGCCACCACCACCCGAGGAGUAUAAGACCCAGCAGCGCCCAGCAUCCAACUCGUCCUCCUUCCUGGGCUCCCUGUUCGGCA